CAUUCAGUUGGUGGUGCAAUUACACGGGAAUGGCGAAUUUUUAACUUUAUAAACUAGUUAUUUUGCCUGGUAUUAGUUGGAGUGAAUUUCAAUCAAUUUCAUCAUCUCCAACAUGAAGCUAGUGCAUCAUGUUCUUGUGGUGUACGUGUUGGCAUUGCUACAACGGGAGACUGUUGCAAUAGAUGGAGAAGAAGCCGCACAUCCAGAGUGGGAAACGAUUGACAUACCCGACACAAUAAAGAAUGACAGACAACCUGGACUUGGCACUUGGCGAGCUUAUGCUAAGGGAAACGCUUUUUGGAAGGUUGAAGUUGACGAAAUACGUACACAGAUACAGUUUCACAAUCGGCACGAAAUCUACAAGGGCAAAAAUAUUGUACUUUUAAUCUAUGAAUCUGGCAAUUCACCUAUUGAAUUGAAGAUGAAGGCUGCGGCCGAGUUUGCCAGACACAAAGUAAGAAACGGCAUUGUGUUGAUUUUGCGGAAAGACAUUGUUCACGAUGAUUACAUUGAUAGGUUGGAUCCCAUGACUAAAGAAAUCUUUGCUCAGGAUGGAGCUAAUCUUUAUUUUGAAAUGGAAAAUAAGAUACAAAUUUUCGAUGUUGUUAAUAAGGACGACUUGGAGAAGAGACAUGAGACAUACAGAGGCGGAAGUAUAUUUACUAUAUACUACGAAAAGGAUGAUGAUGUCCGGGUUGGGGAGUAUCAGCAAUUUCAGUAUGGUCCUCUAAAAGAAUAUGUGAGUUUUUGGAAUAAAUUAACCGGUUCGUUAUACACAAAAUCAGUCUUUCUCAAAGUACAAAAGGAAUCUGUUCUCAAAGGUGACACCGAGUUUUUUCAGAAAAUAUGCAAAGGAAAAGGGGAGCCAAAGCAAUACCCUGUGGUGUACAUGGAAGCAGAUAGAAAAUUGCGUUUCAUAACUUACUUAGAGGAGGGUUGGAAACUUGGGCCAGUGCUGAAUGAUUGUGCAAGACAAAAUAGGAACGAUCCACUCCAAAAACCGGAUAAACCAAAAAAUGGAUAAACAUAAAUAAAACAUUCUUGAUUUGUUUAUUUUACCUUUUCAUAAUUACUAAAUAACAUAUAUAUUUA